CUUUAGCUGUCAGUGUCAGUCGCUCGCGGCCCGCUCGCUCGGUCGACCGUCAAUGCUAUCGCACUCAAUCUUUGGUUUUGGGGCGUGUAGUACAAAUUUAACAUUAUUAUUUGCUGAACUUAUCGCAAGUUGUUACAUUCCUUGAAUUGUUAUAGGCCCAUUUGAACUUUUCUUUUCUAUAUCACCAGUUAACCGAAUAACAAGGAAUGGAAGACUUGAGUUUUUUGCCCGAUCUCCCGAGUGGGCCCCUGGAUGAGUUUAGAAGAACCGCCACAUUCGAUUGGAAACGUUUAAAACUAGCGCUAGAAGGCGAUAUAAAUCUACUUAAACUUAAGUACAAAAUAUGGCACACACUAGAGAAGGACCCACUCUUCGCUCACUCCGCAGUCACUCCGUCCGUGGAAGAGCAGAAACGCAUCACCCAGUUGCAAGUCAACAGGAUAAAUCAGUACAAAUUCCUCACGCCAGAAUUAAUGCGGUUGAGUUAUAUUAAAAAAACCAGAGCAAUAAUGACAAUCAACGAAGCAGUGCAGUCGCUCAACCCUAGCGUGUCAGUGAAGAUGGCUAUCGGCAUAUAUCUGCCGUCAAACGCACUGCUGUCGCUGGGUACUGAGCGACACUACAAGUUCUACGAGGCACUACUAGUUAAGAGAGAGAUCCUAGCGGCGUUCGCGCUGACAGAAGUGGCGCACGGCUCAGACGCGCGUCUCAUGCGCACGACCGCCACGUACGACGCGACGACGCGACAAUUCGUGCUGCACUCCCCGGAUUUCGAGGCUGCCAAAUGCUGGGUUGGUAAUCUAGGUCGAACGUGUACACACUCGCUAGUUUUCGCUCAACUAAUCACACCAGAUGGAACAAGUCACGGUCUACACGGUUUCAUGGUACCGAUCAGAGACCCGGAAACGUUGGAAACGUAUCCAGGUCUCAUUGUGGGCGAUAUGGGGGAGAAGAUUGGAGUGAACGGGAUUGAUAAUGGGUUCAUGAUGUUCAACCAGUACCGGAUACCGCGCGAGAACCUCCUCAACCGAACUGCUGACGUCACAGAAGAAGGGGUGUAUGAGAGCUCCUUCUCCGAACCUUCCAGAAUACUUGGGGCUGCCCUUGAGAAUUUGUCUGCAGGUCGCAUAGGUAUAAUGCAAGAGAGCUGCAACUCCAUAUCGUCCUGCGUGUCGAUAGCGGUGCGGUACGCGGCGACCCGCGCUCAGUUCGGCACCGCGGCGCGCGAGAUACCGCUGCUAGAGUACGAGUUGCAUCAAUGGCGGCUGUUCGGUUACGUGGCGGCGGCCGUAGUCUUCAAGGUGUACAUCGAGAGUUUCACCAGGGUAUAUCUGAAAAUCGUCGAGGCCUCGAAUUCUGGACAGAAAGUUGAUAAUUUGAGCGAAUCGGUGUCAGAAAUUCACGCCAUGGUGUCCAGUAGUAAACCUAUGACAACUUGGACUGUGCUGAGAGCGGCUCAACAGUGCCGCGAGGCAUGCGGUGGCCAUGGAUUUAUGAAGCGAGCGAACCUAGGUGAAAUCCGCAGCAACCACGAAGCAACAGUAACUUACGAGGGAGACAACAGCGUGCUAUCCCAGCAGGCGGGCAACUGGCUGCUCCGGCAGUACGAGUGCAGUAAAACGCAGUCCGUCGACUCCCCGCUAGGAACCGUCACAUUCCUCAACCAUAGUCAGGAGAUUAUGGAGCGCCGCUUCACUUGUACACACACUUCGCAACUGAAGGAUAAAGAAUUCAUACUAUCAACCUACCAAUGGCUGAUCUGCUGGCUCCUAAAAGAAACCCACGAAAAGUACGAAUCUCUCCUCGCGAGCGGUCUCACAAAGUUCCAAGCCAAAGCCAAAUGCCAAGUGUACAAGUGGCAGACCUUGACGGAAGUAUAUGCCGAGUAUUUGGCUCUUCUGUUCUGUUGGGAGGCUAUUGGGAAGAAAGAGAAGGAGCUACAGCCGAUUUUGGAGAGGCUGUUUUUGUUGUACGGUCUAUGGUCACUGGAUAGGCAUUUAGUAGAACUGUACCAAGGCGGGUUCGCGUCCGGUCCCUCGCUGGCGUCUCUAGUCCGGAGCGGCGUGUCCGAGCUGUGCGGCGCGCUGCAACCCGACGUGGUGGGCGUGGUCGACGCGCUCGCUCCCACGGACUUCGUGCUCAACUCCGUGCUGGCCAAGAGCGACGGCAAGCUUUACCAAAACCUCCAAAAGGAGUUGUUCCACACACCGGGCGGCAUGGAGCGGGCGACGUGGUGGCGGGACGUCGUACCCACGCAAUCUAAGCUGUAAGCGUACUUAGCAUACUAUA